AUGGCGAAGGACGCGGUGGCGGAGCACGGGGAGAGCUCGAAGGCGCCCCUGGUGGCGGCGGCCGGCGUCAACCGCGCCGUCGCGGUGGUCGACAUCUUCCUCCGGUUCAUCGCCAUCAUCGGCACUGUCGGUAGCGCCAUCGCCAUGGGCACCACCAACGAGACGCUCCCCUUCUUCACGCAGUUCAUCCAGUUCGAGGCCAAGUACAGCGACCUCCCGUCCUUCACGUUCUUCGUGGCGGCGAACGCGGUGGUGUGCACGUACCUGGUGCUGUCCAUCCCGCUGUCCAUCGUGCACAUCAUCAGGCCCCGGGCGCGGUACAGCCGGCUGUUCCUCGUCUUCUUCGACACGGCGAUGCUGGCUCUGCUGACGGCCGGCGCGUCGGCGGCCGCGGCGAUCGUGUACCUGGCGCACAAGGGCAACGUGCGGGCCAACUGGUUCUCGAUCUGCCAGCAGUUCGACUCCUUCUGCGAGCGCAUCUCCGGCUCGCUCAUCGGCUCCUUCGCCGCCAUGAUCCUGCUCGUCGUGCUCAUCACCCUCUCGGCGUUCGCGCUCGCCAGGCGCCACUGA